AUGGUCCCGGCAAUUCGCGUCCCCGCUUCGGCGGCCAGCAGAGCUCGUAGUCUGCUGCGCACCGUCCAGUAUACGCAUCCUCCAUCCUGUCCCUGCCAUUCAAAUCCUAAUCACCAUCAUCAUCACCGGUCUCCCACGCUAGCUGACCAUGUGCGGCGGCACAUGGCCACUCCCCGGGACGCCUCCCGGGAGAAAGAAUACGCAUUUGAGAUGGCGGCCUCUAGUAUCCGAUUCGGGCCCGGAGCCACUAAGGAAGUCGGCAUGGACUUUGCAAAUAUGAAGGCGAAGCGAGUCUGCGUUGUUACAGACAGCAACGUGGCCAAGUUGACCCCCAUGAAGCAGGCCAUUGAAGGGUUGACCCGCGAAGGUAUUGAGUUUACAGUCUUCGAUAAGGUUCGGGUUGAACCCAAGGACAGCUCAAUCAAAGAAGCUAUUGCAUUCGCCAAGCCCUAUAAUCCUGAUGCCUUUCUUGCCGUUGGUGGUGGAUCGGUCAUCGAUACCGCGAAGCUCAUGAACCUCUAUACCGUUUUCCCCGAGGCCGAUUUCCUCGACUUUGUAAAUGCUCCGCUUGGGAAAGGCCUCCCCGUCACAAAGCCAUUAAGGCCGCUUGUGGCGGUGCCCACCACAGCUGGCACAGGCUCUGAGACUACGGGCACUGCAAUUUUUGAUCUAGUCUCCAAGGGCGCCAAAACUGGAAUUGCCCACCGCAACCUCAAACCCACUCUAGGAAUCUGUGAUCCUCUCAACACACGAACCAUGCCAUCAGCCGUACACGCCUCUUCAGGCCUCGACGUUCUCUGCCACUCGCUCGAAUCAUGGACCGCGAUCCCCUACAACGAACGAACCCCGCGCCCCACAAACCCCAUCAACCGCCCCGCAUAUCAGGGCGCCAAUCCCAUAUCCGACAUCUUCUCUCUCCAGGCCCUCCGCGACACAGUCAAGUACCUUCCUCGUGCUGUCAAAGACCCCGAGGAUUCCGAGGCGCAGUCACAGAUGCUCCUCGCCGCCACGUUAGCUGGUGUUGGAUUCGGAAACGCCGGCGUCCAUCUCUGCCACGGCAUGUCAUACCCGAUCUCUAGCCAGAACCCGGGCUAUAAGCACGCCGGCUACGAUGUCGACCACCCUAUCAUUCCGCACGGUGUUUCCGUCGCUGUGACUGCACCCGCGGUUUUCCGUUUCACCGCCGCUUCCAACCCAGACCGUCAUCUUGCCGCCGCAGAGGCCUUUGGCGUUGACAUCUCUAACGUGAAGCGUGAGAGUGCCGGUGAGGUACUGGGUGAGGCGUUGGCGAGGUUCCUUUCGGAUCUUGGUGAUCAGCCUCUCGGUCUGAAGAACCUAGGCUUCAAGGCUGAAGACAUUGAUGGCUUGGUUGAAGGGACUCUUCCUCAGAGGCGCGUGUUGAUGCUCGCUCCUAACCUUAACAGUGAAGUGGAGGCUGAGAGAGAUGAGCUGAGGAGUCUGCUGGAGCAGUCUAUGGAGUACUAA